GAACUUUUUUAUUUGUGCAUGUAAACAACAUUGUACCUUGUGUUGUUGUCGCUUAUUAAAGUUUAUAUUAUUAUUGUUACAAUUACUUUAAAUGAGACCUUAAAGUAUAAAUUUUAAGCGCUUAGAUCGCGAUCAAGAAAUGCAUGUAGAAAAACAUUUCAUAAGAUGGUUUGAUAUGAUUUAUUGGAAUAUGUGUUCAAACUUAUAAAAUAUGGGAGAUAUUGAUGUUUCUGAACCAAUAGAAGUUAAAUGUGAAAUUAUUGAGAUCUCGGAUGAGGAUGAUCCUCCACAAAAAAAAAAACGAAAACGGACUGUACAAAAGAAACCCCAGGCUUGUCCGACAUGCGGCAAAGUGUUCCUCACAGGUUACGAAUUGAGAAAACACAAUAGAACACACACAGGAGAACGCCCAUACAUGUGUUCCCUGUGUGGAAAGACAUACACACAGCCUGGACAUUUGAGUAUCCACGCCCUAUCACACACAGGCAUUAAGAACUUCAAUUGCACAGAAUGUGGAGCGGCUUUUUAUAGGAAAGCAGAUUUGGACAGACAUGAGAAAAUUCACACUGGCGUGAAGCCGUACCAAUGCGAAAUAUGUGCAAAGAGCUUCACGCAGAAGAAUAAUAUGUUGAUGCAUUAUAAGACACAUGUGGGGGACAAACCACACGAGUGUGUGGUGUGUGGGAAACGGUUUAUAACUAAGAGUAAGUUGACGUUGCAUUCGAGGAAACACGAUAAAGAUAAAAAGAGAAAAAACGAUUAUUUAUAGUUAAUAAAUUAUUUUGGUUUUA